GUCGCCUGGCGCUGCAUCCUGUGUCUUCCCUCGGGGUCUGGUCCUUCCACAGGGAGCCAGCACCCCACAGACGGGCUGUCAUUUAGCUUUUUGCUUUUUAGUGUGUGUUCUUGUUGCCUUCAGAGAGGCAGGGAGAGGGAGAGAGACACAUCCAUGAUGAGAGAGAGCACUGGUGGGCUGCCGCCUGCACGCCCCACACGGGGGAUCGCGCCCGCCACCCGGGCCUGUGCCCCGACGGGACGGAACUGUGACCUGGGUCCUGGGCUGACGCUCACCCGCUGAGCACACUGCCGGGCCUGGUUUGCUUUUUCAACCAGACACGCGGGCAGUUCUGCAGCAGGACAGGGAGACCAGUCACCCCGAGGGGCGGGGCGGGCUUAGCAGGCACCACCCUGUGCCCCCAGAGUGGCAGGAUUUGACCGAGACGCUGAGGGUUGGACCCCGUUACAGAGGUUGUGUCGCCCCAGGCGGGGGCUCAGCUGGUUGGAGCAUCGUCUCAACACCCAAAGGUGGCGGCUCGCUUCCCAGUCCGGGCGCGUGCGGGAGGCAGCCGGUCCGCGCUCCUCUUUCCGGCUAUCCUGGGGACUGCCAUUUAACUUAAAAUUGUAAAUUUAUUGACUGACUUGAGAGAGAGCGAAACAUGGACUUGCUGUCCCACUUACGCACUGGUUGAUUCCUGUGCGUGCCCUGCCCUGCGAUCGAACCGGGAACCUUGAUGUACCAGGACGACCCUGUGGUCAGCAGAGCUACCGGCCGGGCCCUGGGCUGUCAUUUGAGAGAGAGAUGGUGGUGGUGGGAGGGGUCAGGGUGCCCUGCAAAGAGCCGGCUGCUCCGGAAGAAAGAAAGCCCAGCUCCAGCUGCCCCCGCCCGACCCUGGCAGGAGAGGCCACUGCACACCCCCAGGGACCCUUCAGAAUCCAGACCUGAACCCCCCUUCCCCCCGUGCUGGCGCCUGGAGCAGCUUCAGGCUCCCAUGAGGGGCCUCGCCUGUGGGGACGUGUCUGCGGCCCCUUCUCCCUGCCGCCGUCCCCUGCAGAGCGGGGUCUGGCCGGCGGUGACAGUGCGGGUCCUCCCUGCAGAGGUGAGGCAGUCCCCCCUCUACACGGUCACCCCAGAGGGGGGCUCCAUCAACAUCACCUGCUCUGUCCGCGUGAGCGGGACCCUGCUGGGGGUCCACCUGAGGCAGAGCCACCUGCCGGAGAUGCGGAAGGUGACGUACUACGACGACGAGAGCACCCCCACUGUGGAUGCGCGGUUCCGGGGCCGCGUCGUCUUCUCGGGGACCAUGGACAACCUGACCAUCACCAUGCAGCGCCUGCGGCCGGAGGACAGCGGCGCCUACUUCUGCGAGGCCAUCGCGGAGGACGGGCAGGGCUGGGGCGCCGGCACCACGCUGGUGGUGACAGACACACUGUCCCCAGAGGCCAGCGCCUGCCUCGGGACUCAGCUGACCGGCUUCACCUUCCCCGUGGCCCUGGCCCUGGGCUGCCUCCUGGUCGUGCUGGGCCUGGCCGCCAUGUGUGUGCUGAAGAGGAGACAGAUCAGGAACAUGUGCCCCGCGCGGGAGAGAAGCACGGCCGGUGUGAUCUAUGAAGACAUGUCCUGCAGCCGCCGGAACACCAUCUCCAUCGCCAACCACUACCAGUGAGCCAGGCCCCCGGGCCACUGCCCCGCGCUGCUCCUGGCACCUCCUCCAGGAAGCUCUCCGUGCCUGCCUCGCACCCUCAAGGCUGCCCUGCUCACCCCGUGGACUGCCCCCGGCCCCUGGGAGCCGCCAGAGACCAAAGCCGCCCUUCCCCUCACAGGGACCAGCUGGGCUCAGGCAGCGGGCGCACCUGGCCAGUGGACUGUGUGCUGAGUCACCUGGCCUGACCCAGGCUUGCCAGAAACAAAGGGUUUCUCUCCUCCCAUGGACUCCAGGGUCCCCUCUCAACCAGGCCUGGCUCCUCGAGACCAGGGAGCCGCCCCACAAACAGUGAGGAGGCGGAGUCCGCCGGGCACAGGGGGCUCGGCUCCUGCAGAGGGAAGGGCUGCGAAGGAAACCGAUGUGAAAUCACAGGUGCAAAGUCGGGCACAAUAGCAAGCUGGGCCCUUGCAGGAGGCAACCCAUCGAUGUUUCUCUCUCCCCUCCUCCCUUCCACUCUCUCUAAAAAUCAAUGGGAAAAUGUCCUCUGGUGAGGAUUGGCCAAGAAAUAAAAUAAAAGCAUCACACAUGCAGAGUCCUGGAAAUGGUAUUUUUAAAUUAAUGACACACUCAUCCGUUCUCUGUUACAAACUCACU